AUGGAUAGUUUUUGUAAAGCUUUCCACUCGCAACUUGCUGAUGUACAAACUAGCGAAGAAAAUACAUUUCUUAUUGAUACAAUUGAGAAGAUCGAAAGAUACUCUGGAACUGUUCAUGACUAUUGGAUAGACGGAACAGAUGAAAUUAUUGAGGGAUACUGGGUAUGGGCUUCCACAGGGAAACCAAUAUCCUUCACUAACUGGGUCCAUAAUGAACCAAACAAUGUACACGGUAACGAGGACUGUCUUGAAAUUGGAAACUGGAAUAAAGUCGGUACAUGGAACGAUGCUCCAUGUUCUGUUGAAGAAAACUUUAUAUGCGAAAUGGAAUAUCCAGCAAGUGGGAGUAUCAUAGGAAAAUAA